AUGUCGCGCCAGGAAACUUCGUAUAAUCGGCGUCGAGCUGGCGGCGCCUGUUCAGUCUGCCGGGCACGAAAGACCAAAUGCGACAAUAGGCGCCCGAUCUGCGGCUUUUGCGUUGCUACCGGGGGGUCCUGCGUCUAUCCCGGGGAUCUGGUAUCGGAUCAUUCCAGAUUGGACAAAGCCAGUCUGGCCAUCCUGCAACGCCUGGGUGAAGUCGAGCAGAACCUUGCGGCAUUGAUUAGUGGGGACCAACCAACGGUGGUAACAUCCUCGCCUCAGUCUGUUCGCCCAGACCCGAACCUGGCAAACGAAUCCCAGCCGCACGGCAACAGACCCAUGCCAAGAGUUCCCAGAGCAGUGGAACCAGACAGCAACCGCCCACCUUCUGCAGAUGUCAUUACUUGGAGCUCGGAAAUGAAGGUCGAAAGUCUGCUUCGAUGGCCGGUUUUCGGUAUUCAAAACUACCCAUCACUCACAGCUAGUCUUGGCAGCAAAGAUGCUGAAGCUCCGAGUCAAGCAGGGAACGGCAUGUUUGACCUUGACUCUGAGGUGAUAACUGGGCUAGUCGAAAACUUUCUAUCACUAAACCACGUGAAGAACCCGAUAUUUGACAUCGACCUACUGUGGAGCUAUGUCAGAGCCAUGGCCGAGACUGGUCUAAGAUGGGACGGGCCAUCGUGUCUCGUGCUCCUAAUAUGUGCCGUGAGCGUUAUAUCCGCUCCAAUAAAUUCUGAGAGCUGUCCCGGCCCGUCAAGAAAUAAGGAGCAGCUGGAGAGAGCUGAGGCAUACUUCCAAAUGGCGCAGCGUCGAAUCGGGAUGCUGCAUCAUGCCAACUCUCUCAUAUCCGCACAAUGUAGCUUCUUGACGGCCGUCUAUCUAAUGUCUACGCUCCGUAUAAUGGCCGCGUGGAAAGCGUUUUCUCAGGCUGGAACCCAAUGCGUAGGGUGGCUUGCUGCCAGAGGCCAUAUCCAGGAUUCAAUGGAUGGCCACACCAGUGAAAUCAUUCUGCACAAGACAACAUCCGGCGAUAUCGAGCAACACAUGGAAGACAGCCUCUACUGGAGUUGUCUGAAGAGCGAGCUAGAGUUGAGAACUGAACUGGGACUUCCGGGCUCCAGCCUCAAUGAGAUGAAGUAUACCCAUUUAUACCCAUCUCCGCCAAGCCCACGACAGCUCAGUAGCGGGAGAAUGCGGCCUGAUUCAGCAGCUUUACGCGAAAGAGAGAACCUAGAAACUGGGUGGUUUUUCUAUCUUGCGGAAAUUGCCCUUCGUCGCAUCAUGAACGAGGCUUUGUCUUCCCGUUACUGGACAGGCUCCUGGUAUUCUACACCAGGAUGGUGGGCGACCACAGGUGAGAGAGAAUUUCAACAAUACGUAGAGAAGUAUGAAGUCAAACUUGAAACUUGGCAAAACAUGUUACCACCUUCGAUGGCGUUCCCUCGCGAGGGUAGCGACAAGAUCGGGGAUACCCUCAAAGCAAUACUGCGCUCCCACCUGGUUGAUAUCCUCGACGUACUUUACUUCCCUGCUGUUCAAGCUAUAUCCUGCCAGCCCAUUCAGGAACUUACUUCCUCAGUCAUUGGGAUCGCACAAAAGGCUCUAAAGAACGCUGUGUACCGCAUCACCAUUUCCGAGGAAGGGUAUUGGGUGCGACAUCAAGGGACAUGGUUAAUGUUGAGAACAUGCUCUCGGAGCGCGCUCCAGCUGUUGGCCGUAGCAUUCCGAGCAAGAUCAGAGUCUUCCCUGUCACAAAUUCUGCCACCCGAAUGGGAGCAUUCGAUUAUCAAAGUCAUUGGUGCUAUAGAAUACUGGCAGCCCGAGAGCCCGGAUCUGACUGUGCUAUUGGAGUGCUUAAGAAGCCUCACCUCGCAAUUAGGUGUGGAGGCAACAUCCUAG